AUGCACAUAUUGUUGACCAACGACGAUGGGCCACCGGAUCCUAAGGUGUCUCCGUACAUUCAGCUGUUCUACGAGGCUAUGAAAAACUACACCGACUGGAAGGUCUCGAUAGCUCUUCCUCAUAUGCAGCGGUCUUGGAUUGGAAAGGCACAUAUGAUCGGCGAAGACAUCAGCACGUCAUACGUCUACACAAAGGGAAAAGAGAAAAACACUAUUGGGCCAUUCGAUCAUCCUAAUCCUGACUUGGCCAAGGACUACGACGAAUGGGUUCUGUUGAACGGCACACCUGCCACUUGCGCCAACAUAGGCAUUAACCACCUGUACUCCGAGGAGGGCCCAGUUGAUCUUGUCAUCUCGGGCCCCAACUUUGGCCGCAACACUUCAGCCGCCUACAUUCUGUCUAGUGGAACGGUGGGUGCCAGUUUAGAAGCUGCUUUGUGCGGGACAAAGACAGUGGCAUUGUCCUACAGCUACAAGACCAAAGAGCACCCCGACAGCGAAGUCGAGGAAGCAUCUAUGAUUGCGGUCAAACUCAUUGGCCAUCUCAUGAGCAAUUGGCAAAACGGUGUGCAAUUGUACUCGGUGAAUAUUCCCCUCUCGCCCGAGCUAAACUCUAAAACUGUCAUUCGAUACGCACCGCUUUUGGAAAACCAAUGGUCCUCUGUUUUUGAAGCCAAUGAGAAAGACGACAAGAAGCAUUUCAGGUGGGCUCCAAAAUUCCAUCUUUGCGAUGAGACCGUCCACGAGGGUGGCCCCGGAAGCGACGCUUGGACAGUCAUGAAUGGUGAGAUUUCCGUUACACCACUAAGAGCAUGCUUCCAUAGUGUCUCAAAUGCAUUGGAGGGUGUAAUCAAUUUGAAUCUAAAUUCCGGUGCACCUUUUGAUGCGGUUAUUGGUACAAACGACACCUACGUCAAAGAGUCUUGGAUACAGGCUCUAAAGGGUCAUGGCAUUCCCGUCAAAGCCAAGCCGGAAAAGGGCCGAAAGACGUUUGUUUAUGAAGACUAUGAUGAUGCCUGUUUUGACGAUCGUCAAAAUUCGCCGCAUCUCUAUUACUCCUAUGUUUUCCGCAAAGGGUUGAUUCGAAAGAAUUAUCUGGCAAAUACCAUCGCCUACUAUAAAGCAAAGCAUCCAGAAUCAGUGCUCAACCGGGCAUUUCCGGACAGCUUCAACCUGGAGGUCGAUUAUGCAGAAUUUCUAGACGAUGCUCUUGAUGAGGCCUACGAUUUGCGUCAGGAAAUCGGGGCGGGCUCCAAGACAUGGAUUCUGAAACCUGCAAUGAGUGACAGAGCCCAGGGAAUUCGAAUCUUCAAGACUGUAGAAGGGCUGCAAGAAAUUUUCGACUCUUUUGAAGGGAACAGCGACGAUGGUGAGCAGGAGGAAGAAGGCGAUGAUUACGGAGUUGUCACGUCUCAUCUUCGGCACUUUGUUGUUCAGGAGUACGUCCAGAACCCGCUACUAGUUGAUGGCCGCAAGUUCCAUCUGCGCGUGUAUGUUUUAGCAGUUGGUGCUAUCAAGGUCUACGUUUACCAAAAUGUGCUAGCAUUGUUUGCUGGCACAAAGUAUCACCCGCCUGAUGGUGAUAACGUUGACUUAAGAGGACAUCUCACCAACACUUGUUUCCAAGAUGAGACCGUAGACGAUUUGAGCGUGCGGGUAUUCUCGGACUUGCCUAUUGGUGCAGAAGCCAAACAAAAAGUUAUGAGCGAUAUCAAUGCAAUCACUGGCGACUUGUUUGCUGCAGCAGUAGCUGACUUUGUCAAUUUCCAGCCGGUGCCUAAUUCAAUUGAGUUCUUUGGUCUCGACUUUUUGGUCGAUGAAAACUAUAAUGUGUCGGUCCUUGAAGUCAACGCAUACCCAGACUUUAAGCAAACCGGCGCCGAGCUGCAGCCGCUAGUAUCAGGUCUCUUUGGAGCCACAGUCGAUAUUGCUGUUGCUCCUUAUUUCACCGGAGUUCCCACAUCCGAUGAAAGAUUAAAAUGUGUUUAUUCGAAGGAGAUCCACAAGCAUUAA